AUGGUCGGCGGCGUUUUGUUUUACGAGUUCGAGUACGAACUGCCAGAGAAUUUUGCGGAGAAAUAUUUAUCUGCCGAGAAUAUAUUUGAAGAAUUUCCCAGCGUCGAAGACAACGGUCAGAUCGAAAAUGAACAAGAUGUUGUUAAUAAUGUUAGGAUUACAACCAAGUGCCAUAAAAUUUUGUUUCAAAAGAAUCCUGAUUCAAAACCGAAAUUAAUCAUCAAAAUUUUUGCUGAUAAAAAUCUCCCGAAAUUGUCCGAUACUUCGACUCAGACCAGAGCAAAAGAAACACGCAAUGAGCGCAUACAAACGCACCAGCCUGAUUUGGUGUCUUGCAGAAUUCAAACAGAGAUAAAUGUACAAAACUGCCGAACCCAAACACCAAUUGUCUCAUUGAAUAACACAGAAGUUCAGACAGAUGAAUGCAGAGUGCACCAAGCAUUUUCAGAUGCAGAAGUGGCAACAGAUUACAAUUUAAGCACUCAAGUUGAUUCAUUUUCACUUGCAAUUGCAGAAGUAAAGGAUUCUGUAUGUCAAGCAACAUGUGAAAUGGUUGAGAAUUGUUGUCAAAAUGUUGUGUCCAUGGAAGAUAUUGAUGCCCAAACUGAAUUGGCAGUUAGCGAAUCAGAAUCGCAAACAGAAAUUAAAAGUUUUGUGGAAACUCACAUACAGACGCUGUUUAGCAUGUCGCAGGAAGUUUGCACUGGAUCGCAGGCCACGACUGAAACUAAUGAACAGUUAUCUCAAACAGAAAUAGAAAUAAAAGAAAACAUUACUCAAACUGAUGCAAGUUAUUUCCACUUGGUCGACUCAGAAAUUCAAGCCACUGUGUUGUCCUUUCCAAAUGAUUCACAAACAGAACUGAAUGUAAAUGAGCAAUCAACAUCUACUGAUUGCAACAUAUCGACCCAACGACAGACUGCCAUCCAGACAUUUAUUGAACUGAACACACAGUCUCAACAGACUGAUUCAGUUAGUCAGAAUGCAGAUCAAACAAUCAGCUCAACUCACAACAUAUCAGCCAAUGAAUCAACUUACUUGGAUACUUCGUGUGAUGCUAGCAGCCUACCCAACCAAACUUUGAUGGCCAGUAUAACCAAAGACGAUUCAAUGCAGUCAACAACAAAUCGCAAACUAGUUGAUAACAUUUCACAAACAGACCCUGUUACAAUCAUAAUUGGUGAUGCAAGCUUCUUGGUGCAAAAGUUGAAGAGUUCUGCUGUGAGCUCAUCGAAAGUGACAACAUCAGGUAAUGAAAUUGAAAUAGAAUUGAGUGCCGAUACGGUUGAAGAACCAAAAGAAGAUAAGAAUCAGAUUCCAGCUAAACCAGCAAAGCCAGUUGAAGUUAAGUCUGAUAGCGCUCAGAUGCCCAAGUUGAUGCCCAUGAGAACAGGAGGAGUAAGAAUGAGGAUGCCCGUAUCAAUGCCCAAUCCUCCCAACAAGCCACCAGCUCCAUGUUUUCUUGUUGCUCCAACACCAGCACAGCAACCCAAACCUAAGCAGCCAGUCAAGAUAGCAAAUGAUGUUUUCAGCUGUCCAUUCUGUUCAUUGAACUUCAUUGAGUCACCAGCUCUGUACGAGCACCUGAGCCAAGCACAUGAGUCAGACCUGCAAAGUAAGUGGAAGAAGUCGCAAGGUAGGGAGGGCAAGACAAUCAUUCCAAAGCAUCUGCAAACACCAAAAAAUCCAAACAACAAAAAGUCAGCUGUCAACAAAUCAAAUUCCAGUCUGACAGUUGAAGAAUCUGACGAUUCUGAUGUUAGUUUUGUGAUGAGUGGCUCGAAGCGAAAGAGAGGAGGCAUAUCCAGUUCAUCUAGAAAACAAGCACGGAUUAAAAAUGAAGAUGACGAAGAUGACGAGGAGGAGAGUGUAGCUGUUGUUAAUGCCAAAAAGAAGUAG